CGUGUGGCGGGAGAGGAGGACGGGCGGGCUCCGUUCUCCUCGUCCUCCUCCUCUUUCCUUCGGCAUUUUCACUCCUGAGGGGAGAGGGAAAAGGCGGAGGGCCGGUGCUCGGCGCUGUGCAAACCCCGGCAUCGCGUUCCCGGUGCGAGCUGUAUUGGAGCCGGCCUGCCCUUCUCGGUGGGCUCCUGCCGGCUGGGGAGAUCGCAGGUGUUUUCCUUUUUAGCGGCUCCUCGGAACUCUUUCCUGUACUCCUGUUUUUGCGGCGGUUACUCUGGGUGUAAGGGAUGAUGAAGAGUGGAUGGCUUGGAUUUGGAGGUCAUGUGCUAAGCCUGUUCCUAGUCUUGAAGUUUCAGAUCUCGAAGUUAUAACGGAUCAGCUUUUCCUGUCAAUUAUGCAAGCAGAAUUAUGCAAAACCAGUGUUUUCUUCCAAAUUCCAACUUGAUGAGAGUACAGCUGGCUGGAUCCCAUGUUGAUACACAGGAGCCUAAGACUAAUCCUUUGGUAUCUGUUUCAGAUGAGCCAGAAACACUGUACAAGAGAUUGUCCCUUUUAGUUAAAGGCCAUGAUAAAGCUGUGUUGGACAGCUAUGAGUAUUUUGCAGUGCUUGCAGCAAAAGAACUUGGCAUCUCUGUUGAAAAAGUACAUAAACCUCCAAAGAAGAUAGAACGAUUGACACUUUUAAAAUCUGUACACAUUUACAAGAAGCACAGAGUCCAAUAUGAAAUGAGAACACAUUACAUGUGUUUAGAGUUAAAAUAUCUAACAAGCAGUACUGCUGCAGUUUACUUGGAAUAUGUUCAACGAAACUUACCUGAAGGGGUUGCCAUGGAAGUAAAAAAGACUAAGAUAGAGAAAAUACCUGAGCACAUUCAGAAACCAGUUUGGGAUACGCUACCUCAGGUAGAAGAAAAUGAAGUCAGGUCGUGAACCCACCAGGUACUUGGCUGCAUUAGUGCUGAAAUAAGUUGCUCCUAUCAGCCUAACUUACUGAGUCAGUCUACUGUUAAAUAAAAGUUCUCUUAUAAAGUAAUUACAUAAACUCUUGUUUCAUUGAAUUAUUCUUGAUCAUAACUCUAGUACACGUAGAUUGAACAACUAUAAAGCGAAGAAGUUUAACUUUACUCUGUGAUCAAGAACUACGGUCAUAAUAAUAUGUAGGUCAUAUA